UCCGCAACGGUUGAAAUUGAAAAGCGCGGAAAACUCAAUUGAAAAGUUAUCCGCCACAAGCUGCUCAAAUACAAUUUUGAAGUGGAAACCAGAGAAUCCCGCUUUCAGAUUUCCUGCAACCAAGUGAUAAGAUAAACGAGAAAAGCGAGCGAAAAAGGGCAAAUAAAGGCCAAAGUUAAACAAGUGAAGUUUUUCAAUCCAAAUAAAUUACCGAUCUAAGUGAAUUUUUUGAGGAAUAUGUAUUAAACCAUUUUACGCUGUCUAUAUUUCAUAAUGGCGGUGAAGGAUGAAUGGAAAUUAAAUGUCACCCGCUGAACAAGAAAAUCAACAUGCAAAAGUUUCACUGUCUGAAUGGAAGCACAGAACCCCAGACCACCGUCCAAACCCAGUGAAUCAGCUAAUUAAAUAGAGAUUCGGACCGCAAUGGAGACCGAGUGGGGUCUGGAUGACCCCUCCACCUCCUUCGGCCGCCUGCCCGCCUCCGUUCCCGACUCACCGAUGGAAUUGGAGACAACGGACAACGAGGUGGCCGGCAAUUGGUCAAGUGCGGCCAACUUAACCCGACUCGUGGUGGCUGCCGUUCCGGAUAUUGCCAACUUCACGCUCAACAUGCUCGACUUGAGUGUGGGCGUGGCCACCGAAGUGUCCAAUCUGAGUGUGAGCACCACGCCCCUGCCCGCCUACGCGAUCGCCAACAGCUCCUCGCUGGCGCACACCAACAGCCGCCACGAAUCCCCACCGAUUGCCGAGCAGGUGCCCGAGCACGUGAUGGACCACGCCCCCCAGCUCUCCCGCUCCGGACUGCUCAAGGUCUAUGUUUUGGCGGUGAUGGCUCUGUUCUCGCUGCUGGGCAACCUGCUGACCAUCUGGAACAUCUACAAGACCCGCAUCUCGAGACGGAACUCACGGCACACGUGGAGCGCCAUCUACUCGCUGAUGUUCCAUUUGUCCAUUGCCGAUGUUCUGGUCACCUGGUUCUGCAUCAUCGGGGAGGCCGCCUGGUGCUACACAGUCCAGUGGCUGGCCAACGAGCUCACCUGCAAGCUGGUGAAGCUCUUCCAGAUGUUCAGCCUCUACCUGAGCACCUACGUUUUGGUCCUGAUCGGCGUGGACCGGUGGAUAGCGGUCAAGUACCCGAUGAAGUCGCUCAACAUGGCCAAGCGGUGCCAUCGGCUGCUCGGCGGCACCUACAUCCUCUCGCUGGUGCUCAGCUUGCCACAGUUCUUCAUAUUCCACGUCGCCCGGGGUCCUUUCGUGGAAGAGUUCUACCAGUGCGUAACCCACGGAUUCUACACGGCCGACUGGCAGGAGCAGAUGUACGCCACCUUCACACUCGUCUUCACCUUCCUACUGCCGCUGUGCAUCCUGUUCGGCACCUACAUGUCUACAUUCCGCACCAUUUCGAGCAGCGAAAAGAUGUUCCAGGGAUCCAAGUUGGCCAACUAUUCGACGGCCAAGUUGCCAACACAGACGAAUCGCCAGCGGCUGAUACACAAGGCCAAAAUGAAGUCGCUUCGCAUUUCGGUGGUGAUCAUCAUCGCCUUCCUCAUCUGCUGGACUCCCUACUACGUCAUGAUGAUUAUGUUCAUGUUUCUCAAUCCGGACAAAAGGCUGGGCGACGAUCUGCAGGACGCCAUCUUCUUCUUUGGGAUGUCGAACAGCCUGGUCAACCCGCUCAUCUACGGAGCCUUCCACCUGUGUCCCGGAAAGGGAAGCAAGUCGAGCGGCGGAGGCGGCAACAACAACGCCUACAGCCUGAAUAGGGGCGACUCGCAGCGCACUCCCUCCAUGCUGACGGCGGUGACGCAAGUGGACGGCACAGGUGGCAGUUCCCGCCAGAUGCGGGCCUUCCGCCAGCAGAGCUACUACCGCAGCUCCAGCAACGGAACGGGUGGCUCCGCCAUCGGAGGCGGUGGCGCUUUCAAAGAGCAGGUGGGCCUCCUGCACGUGGGUCCCGGAACAGGUCCUUCCGGUGGCUCCGUGUCCAGCAGUGCGACACCACAGCUGCUGAGGAAGGGAUCCGCCCUACUGGCCCGGCAUCCCAGCUGCCUGAGGGAGCAGGAGCACCAGCAGCGACUCCUGCUGCAGGACAAGCCCACCACGCUGGUCCUCAGCUACGACAGCCAGAGGGGCGGCGUGGGGGUGGGCGUGGCCAGCGGGCUGUUGGACAACAACGAGCGGGUGUCGAGCGUGUGAGAGCAGCUGGCGAUGGCGGCGGCGGCGUUGGCGACAACGGAUGCACCGGCUUACGUGGCGGAUGCACCGGACAUUACAGCGGAUGUGGCGACGGAGGACGCCUGCUCCUGCUGCCAUUGCCUGAGCAGGGAGCUGGUGCGACGGCAGCUAGAACUCCAAGAGCUUCCAGUGCAGUGAGGCGACUGCCAGCGGAUUUGAUUCUCUCCUUGGGAGGAGGAGAAGGAUAUUGUGGAGGCGUCGAUGAUCAGAUCACCGGGGCAACACGUGCAACUUGUGCUUAGAUAAUGCUAAUCGAGAGUUAAGUCUUCAAACACAAUGGGUGUACUUAGGAGUAGAUUUUAGACUAGAUUUUAGCAAUAGUUCGUAUGGAAAAGUUGCCGGGCAUUGGGAGAAACUCAUGAUCAGAUAAACUUUAGUUUCUUCUUUUUCUUAUUUUUGGUUGCUUCUUAAAUCAAAAACAUUUUUCAUAAUUUUGUUUAUUGAAAUAAAACAUGUUCACUUUGAUUAAGAUAGUCUUAUAUAUAUUUUUACUAAUGUUAAAUACACUAUCUUGAGAAGUGUAAGUAAUACGCAGUCAAUACUAUACAAUACUAUAACUAAGUCUAUCCAACUAACUAGCCUGUAGGUAAUUAAGCACACAUUAAAAUUCCGCUGUCAAAUCAGGUUGUGAAAUUAAAUAUAACACUAUGAAUGCCAGAUUCUUAAUCCCUCGCAUGUUUUCCAUUUUAAUCUCCUAGCCUACAACACAAACAAUUAACAUCAAAGUGCAAUCAAAGGCAGUUCAAAUGCUAUUUCAGAUUAAAUGAUUGUUUAAUUGGAUAACAAAUUUAUGACUAAAUAUGAGUUUCUCUUAAUAGCAGGGCAACAUUGUGAAGUUAAUUAAAAGCAAAUAUCAGUUUUCCAUUUUGUUUUUCUUAGUACACAACCCAAAAAUCAAUUGUCUAAAUGUGUGAAAAAUAAACAGCCAAAAACAGGGUAAACAAAACAAUUGUACAUACUUUAAUUAAUGAAUUUGUGAAGAAAUUGUGGCUACCUCAUCUUUUCAAACAAUACCUAAAAUAGUGUUAAAAUCACUGUACAAAGUUUAAACAAAAAUGAGUUCUCGUUAAAAAAAAAAAAUACAUUAAGACCUAAAACUUUAAGAUUCCUUGUUCUUUUACACACAUAAUUUAAGAAACUUAACAACUAAUCCUAACUCAUGUUCAUAUUUUAUAGUUUCUUAUGUUAGUUUGGUUUAUUUUAGUUUUUAAUCCUUCGAGUUCACUUCACUUAGAAUCGUAUUUCUCGUUUGUAAACGGCACUCUCCCAAAGGAAUCCAUAAUUUACGACCAACUGGAAAUACCAACUUGCAGAUGAAGACGGAGGGACUCAAAACGAAUUACAAAUAACACCACAAUUCAAUUUGGUCGAAAAGUCCCUCGAGUCGAACGGAUGCUCCUGGCGAUUCCGGAGGAUGAAGCAUACGCACAUGUGUCAUUAAAGGAUUCCACUGCAUUAUGCGAAUCCUCCGGCGGAAUGGUUGGAUUUCCACAAUGCCGCAUGUUUUGCGCCCAUCUAUCCCGUCAUCCCGUUUGCAUAUUCAUGUGCUCCGCACUUCGGUGCGUACUUAUGUAUAAAUAAUCUGUGUCAAAUUUGUAUAGUUUAUUUUUUAAUAAAACCCAAACGAUCCUUGCGAAGCUUUACGAGCCAACUUUUACGCGCCACGCACAGCUCAACACGUUGAUGAACUAGCUGGCUGUUUCGCCAUAAAUCCGGCGGGGCUCACGUCCACCCCGAGCACGGGUAUAUUGCGGAAUUUUACGGCCAGCACAGGCGGAGGUCGCCCAGCACCCAUGGCCCAUCGCGAUAGGGCAAAGCCGGGGACACUCGCCCUUUCCAAAACACCCAUUCAGAAAUAAGAACCCAUUCCACUAGAAAAGUUUGUGGCCCAAAUGCAAAACAAUUUCUGCGAGCAGACGAACAAUGCGCCCGAAAAUGCGC